CGAACUCCGUGGAGCAGAAAAGUGGUUUCUGACUCGCAGCCGGUGAUUCUUCGGCUUUUGUGGUUCUUGGUGGUUUUGGAUGAUGGAGGACGUGAUCAGACUCUCGGUGUCGGACGAAAAGCGCAGAAACAAAACUCAGAAGACGGUUCGGCGACGGCGGAAGGAGGAUGAGGAGGUGAAGCGGAGGAACGAGGAGGAGCAGCGGAGGAGGAACGUGCAGAACCUCUCGGUUCUGGGUCAGGAAGACGACUCGGUGAAGCUGCUGGAGGAACUUCUGUUCGAACCGGAGGACGAGCUGCUGGACAGACUGGUUCAGGACGACAAACAGGCUGCAACGUUACUGGCUGACGACGAUGACUUCAGUGAAUCUCAGACUGAGGAUGACACCCACCUGCAGCUGCAGCCAACGAGAAAGGCCGCCUGGGUGGACGAUGAUGAUGAGCUGGAGGAAGAUGUGGACAUGAAGCACCGUUUCCGUAGAGACCUGGUCAGAGGAGAGGCGGAGUCAACAAUGUCCAAACAGCGACUGCAGAGCAGGAUGAGAGAGGAGUUUCAGAAGUCUAUGGGAGGAGCUCCAUUGUGGGCGGAGUCUAAAGUCACAAAAAAGAGGAAAAAAGCUGAUGAAGAUGAUGAUACCGAUGAUGAGGAUGACCUGCUGAGGAAGACUGGAAACUUUGUAACCUCUUCAGAAAGUCUACCUGCAGGGAUCUUGCGGAUGAAAAAGUGUCUCCAUGCCAACAGCGCUCGCCCAUCAGAUGCUGGACUCUCCACGGUCCAGUUCCAUCCUUCUGCUCAGGUCGUCAUGACAGCCGGACUCGACCAGUCGAUCUCACUCUUCCAGGUGGACGGGAAGACGAACCCAAAGAUCCAAAGCAUCCACCUGGACCGCUUCCCCGUCCACAAGGCUCGCUUCACUGCUGACGGACAGGCACUUGUCGCGACCGGCCUCAGGAACAAGAUGUUCUACGUGUACGACAUGAUGGAGGGACACGUGGUGCCCGUGCACGCCGUCAGAGGUCUGAAAGAAGACAGAGUGAAGGAGUUUUCCAUCUGCCCUGAAGGGGGCACUCUGCUGCUCACAGGGACUAACGGAUACCUGCACGUUCUCACACUGAAGACAAAGGAGGUGAUUAACAGUAUGAAGAUCAACGGGAACGUCGGCGGCGUUGCCGUCUCUCGUGACGGCAGCAGAGUUUUUGCCAGCUCAGAGGAGGGGGAGGUGUACGUGUGGGACCUGCGGAGCAGUCGCUGUGUCAACAAGUUUAUCGAUGACGGCUGUGUGAAGGCAACGUCCAUCGCCACCUCGCCAGAUGGACAAUACCUCGCCUGCGGGUCCCAGUCAGGCGUGGUCAACAUCUACCACCAGGAGGCGUGCCUGAAUUCAGCCAGUCCAAAGCCUUUAAAAGCAGUCAUGAACCUUGUGACAUCAGUGACCUCUCUGACCUUUAACCCCUCAUCUGAGAUGUUGGCCGUUGCCUCCCGGCUUGAGGACGAUGCUGUACGACUGGUCCACCUGCCCAGUCUGACAGUCUUCUCCAACUUCCCCGUCACCAGAAAAAAGAUUAUUUAUCGUGCCACCUGCCUUGACUUCUCCCCACACAGCGGCUUCUUCUCAUUGGCCAACAAUAAAGGCCACGCCCCCCUCUUCAGGUUGCUGCAUUACCAUGACUUCUGAAGAGGAAAUCUGACCUUUGAGCCAUGAACGGGACACGUUUCCACAUUCCCUCACAGAUGGAGAUGAUGUACUGCGCAGAUUAUUUUCUCACUUUUUCUUGAUUUAAAAGGGGGGGAAAGCCUGAAGUCUACCUAAAAUCAGGCAAAAAACUCAUUUUAUUAAAAGAUUUAAAUGGUUUUGUGGUUGUGGGUUUUUACACAGCCAAAUUUACAUCACAUCAAAUUUUAAAAUUGAGGAAUUCUGAUUAAAAUUUCAAAAAUACUGUCUUUCAAAGUCACAAUGAAAAUGAACCUCUGAAGCAUUAAGAAAUUCAAAUGGUAAACAUGCGCCAUUUCUCUCGUCCCAGUCACAGAUGUCUAUAACUCCUUCAGCGUUGUCUUGGUGGCUUCCCUCACAAGUCGCCUCCUUACACAAUCGCUCAGUUUUUCAGAACUGCCUCCUCCAGAUGGGUUGACCGUACAGUAUCAAAGUGUUUUCCGUUUCUUGAAGAUUGAAAGUGUUUUGUAGAAAUGAUGAUUUUAGGUGUUUAAACUAAGAAGUGAGCAUAAUUAUGCAUUUCAUUUCAUUAUUUUGGUUUUAAUGUUUUUUAUUUAAUUUUUUUAUGCUGAGAGAUGUUUAAAGGGCAGAAUCUAAGACAUUUUAAUGUAGAGACUCUUGAAUGAUUAAAAAUGUCAUGAAACUUAAAAUGUGCAAAAAAAAAAAAAAGUCCAGACGUUUUUCCAAACUUUAUCAAGCAAUUGG